CGUCGCAGACAUGCGCAGACAUCAAAAGAGACGAGCAAGCGUCCACAGACAUUGCAGCAACAGGCUGGCGAAAUAUCUAAUCCAUCGGACGUCAUUGCAGCUGAUUAAAGGGCUGUCUAUAGGAAAUCUCCGAUCCCUUCCAAAUAACCUUUUGUUUUCGCGGGUAACUCUUUAUCCCAGUAACCAGGAAUACAAAAAACCUCCGAAAAUAUCAGGAAUGUUAGGCUUCAUGCUUACACACAAAAUCUUUCUCUAUGGUGAAAUAUCCAAAAUGAUAGAUAAUUGCACCCCUGUAUAAACAAGACAACAAAAAGCAUGUCAUACAAAAAAGGACCCCACUGUAUUUGCAACUAACCAACGACAACAUAUGGCCACGCCGACCUUAUCACCUGCCGAACGACUCGCAGCUUUGGAACGAGCUAUCCGACGUCGCUCUGAUGCGUCGGAUGCGUCCAUCAUCAGCGGGACCGAUGAUGAGGAUGAUGUCGAGACGGCAAGACGAAAAAGCACUGCGGGGAGGCUGGUGUGGGGUGAAGGCGGUGAAGGGACAUGGAUGCCUUAUGGAACUGAAGAGGAGGCAGGGACAAUUUUGCCGGGGUCCGGGAGGAGGAUUGGAGGUGUCAAAAAGGUGGAAAAGGAUGAUACAGAGGCCGAUGGUGAGGAGUACAAAGAGAAUAGUGGAGUAGACGAGGUUGAAGGGGCUGAUGAAAAUACUGACAUGAUCCCCGCAUCCGAGGCAGAUUCAAUGCACCAUCCCGAAAUAUCAGGAGCACCUAUACACAGAGUUGGAUCAGAUCUUCCCCUUUCACCAUCACCACCACUUGUAGAAUCCACCUCAAACAUCACAUCGGAGGCAUCUCUGUCAUCCGCCAUCCCUCUCCCACGAAGCGAUACCCGAGCCGUGAGCUGGGCCGAUGCCAACAAAGAUCGAAUCAUUGUGGGCGAGAUCCCUGCAUUCGCUAUGCGCCCAUUGCACGAACCCACCGAAGGAUUGACAUCUUUAUCAUCGUCUUCAUCUUCCUUGAGUGGAUUUACAGGGGAUAUUGCGUCAGAUGCUAGACGCGUGCAUUCCGCUCUUCAGGCUAUGGAAGCAGUGGACAGAUUUCUCUUGGGUUUAGACCGACCUUCAAUGGGAUUAGAUAGUCAGACCACCGAUGCUGUGUCGACCGAGGAGGCAGAGACAGCGGCAAGUCCUGCCAGUGGACCCGUCCUGCGGCCAACCUCUGCAUCCGUUCGAUUAAGCGAUUCAGCAUACUUGCAAAGCCAUCGAACCCAAUCAACCCCCAUAACUCACGACGAACCCCUAAAGCCAUACAACCGUGUCCAAUCUGCUCCCGCUUCCCGGUCCAGAGGCACGUCUUUAUGGCGAGGGAGUCGAACGUCGAUAUCAGCAAGCGGAUCCCGUCCCAGUUGGUCCGCCUCGGCGGAUUUUCGCAGACCUUCCGUUCAAUUUUCUCUUUCAUCUUUUCCACAUACCGAUUCGGAUCCUGCUGAAGUUCGGAGGGAUGCCAGUGCACAGGCCUUGAGGAACUCUCGGACCAGUAUUACCGAGCCCAAACCACGGACAAGGGAGCGAUCUUCCAUGUCGGCCCGUAUGGAAGAUCUAGAAGUCGCCAAAGCCCGGUCCAUUGCAGAAGCGAUCACCCGAGCUGCUGCACAAUGGGAUCCAUCUCAACGCCAAAGCAACAGCUCCUUGUACAGUUCUACUCGACCCAGCCGACCUGCUUCGGCACUGACGCUUGAAAAGAGAGCUGCAUCGGCUGCAUCGUGUGCGGCUGCUGCUACUGGUGGGAGGAGAAGCCGACCAGCCAGUGGGCGAAUUGGUACUUCAGUACAAAAUCUGGACACUAAGCCAAGUGAACCGCACCAAACCGGAUUCCGUCUACCUAAAACCCCAAAAGAGCUCUGGUCUCUCGUUCGCGAAACCUACUGUCCGCGAAUUUUUGAUGCAUUAUCGGCUCGUGUUCCCCAGCCAAUUCCGUACACCCUAACACUUCGCCAUGGAUUUCAGUUCAAGUAUAGCCUUCGACAUAGGCAAGCUCUAAUCUGGGUGUGCCCGCAUCUCAAAGUCCCUAUCCACCACGCAGACGGAAAGCUUGAGUCUGAGAUGGACGGCGAAGAGGAAAGCCAGUCCCCAAAGGACAAUGUCGAUGAUUCCGAAUUCGAUCUAAGAGCGCUUCCAGGACAAUCAAAGUACCAUUCGUACACCUUUGCUGCGGUCGACCGAACCGGCACUAUUUCCUUAUGGGAUGUGGCGAGAAACACGGACACCAAUCGUCCUAGGGGAGUCGUCAAAUUGAUGACUGAAAUUACGGAGUUUGUCUUUAUAAAGAAGUUUGCCGUAUAUGCUGCGUGUUCGCAGGAUAAGAAUAUCAAGUUCUUUAACUCGCGAUUUGAAAUGACAAAUCUACACCAUACAAUGGAGCCAAUUCUAUUCAUACGCUAUAAUUCCCUCAACCAUGGUCUCGUUACUGCUGGAUCACAUUCAAUUUGUGUUUGGACAAUGGAGGCUACAAAACAUCGCAACAUUAUCCGCGUCGUACCAACUGUAAAACAUACGUUCCACACGCACCUUCCUCGCGACGAAUGGAUCUCUAAUCUUUACCUUGACGAGAAGAAUCUCCGUAUCUAUGCCGUGGUCGAUACGAAGAUUUUGGUAUUUCACCAGACCCACGGCACUCAUAUCGACACCCUUCGCAACAUCUCAACCCGCCACGUAAGCGCCCUUAUCCACCACGACUUUUAUCAAUACACCUUGAUUGCAUGCACUGAUGGGAGCAUUCAAGUCAGAAAUAUGAACAACGCGAUUGUGCAUGAAUUUACCGGGCAUACGAAGCCUGUUACGUCCCUCGCGCUCUACCCGCAGGGACCAAUGAUUAUUUCCUGCGCGAUGGAUUAUACAGUGCGGGUGUACAGUUUAAAAACAUUUAAAGAGAUUUAUUGCUUGCAUUUAAGAGAACGACCGCUGAGUCUGACGGUCAUAGAUGAUGAUCAGUUGCUGAUACGGACGAGAGAGACCAUCGAUGUCUGGAGUCUAAACCACAUCAAUUCCGGAUUCUCGAGUCUAAACUCUCAUGUUAAAACCCUGCUUCGAGUCAAAUCUCCGGGCAUCCAGCCACGGAUUCUCGUCCGGACCGAAGACGGCAUUGUUCGUCUCUUGUCCCCCGUCAACGGGAAAGCUAUCACUACCGCCCUGCCGCUUCUCGAAACGGAUUAUCUGCAUGAUUUAGCGUAUUGUUCCAAGAUUGAUCGAAUGUUUUUUAUGCUCGAAAAUGGCGAAAUAUGGGUCAUGGCCACUAAUUUCAAUCCGUGCGUUGUGGUCGAUAUAUGGAAACUAGGCGAAGCAGUCCGCGAAGACUGCAGCCACAUUGCAAUAUUUGACGGUCGCUUCAGUCCCGCGGAUGAAGUUCCCCCUGGGUAUGAUUCUGUGAAGGGGUAUGCAUUUUUAUUGGGUGCGACCCGUAAUGGGCAGGUGCUUGUAUAUGGGAGAAGAGGGGGUGUGAGGGAUCGGUAUCAGCUUCAUAACGCAGAAAUCACUCAAAUGCUAUGCGACCAAAAGCAACAGCUUCUCUUCACAUGUGGAGCAGACGAAACGAUCAAAAUAACAAAGGUCUCACCAACGUCUCCAGAGAUCUUGCACCCUAUUCUGUCCAUCCGAACCCACUUUAUUCCUCGGGUGAUAUCGGUUCUCGGUUCAACAAUAUGUGCUGCCGCCGAGGAGGGGAGUCUAUGGAUGUAUGAAUUUUCUGUUGAGAAAAGAGAAUGGCGAAUGCAUCCUACCCACAACCGAAGCGAUGAUCACACAGACAAUGUUACAGCCAUCUGUCCGAUCCCAAAACUGGACCUUUUCGUUAGUGCCAGCAAAGAUGGAACACUGCGGGUGUGGGAUACUGGCAAUACCCUCGUAAGGGAACUUCAGUUCCAAGAAUCUAUCGAUAGUCUAUCCAUCGCCAAUGCGCAUGGUGACAUUCUCUUUGGCAUUCAAAACCGUGUGGAUAUUAUCAAGUACCAAUCCUAUCUACCGCCCGGCUAUGUACAAACCGUUCAAAAGAUGGAGCAUAAAGAAUACGUACCAGAGCAACCUGUUCCGUUUGAUGACGCAAGGAUAGAGUGGAAAAACCUUUUAUGCCGAGGCCAAAGAAAACUCGUGCUCAACACCCAAGACCCGUGGUCCCUCUUUCAUGACAUAAACCUCGUCGGUCCCGAAAAGCCCUUCGAAGGCCCUGAACCUCCACACUCGAAAGGCGAACGAGACAUGUACAAAGAUCUCCUCGAAAGACUGGAUCUCAUUGCUUUACAGCGACGACAGAUUGUCGAGAUGGCUAAACAGAGGUUGGAAGCGGAGCAAGCAGAGGGUGUGAGAGAGGACGAGAUACUCCAUCAGGAGUUUUUGCGGUAUAUGCGGAACAAACCCUUUUGGGGACUCUCCCGUGGAGGAAGUAUGGGGGAGUUACGACCAACAAGUCCGACUGAGGGGCCGGGGAGGUUAUUGGAUAUUCCUGUGCCUAUAUCUCGAGAGGCGGGCGUUGGGGGAAUGGUUGGCGGCGAGGUGAUAGAGGCAGGCGGGGCAGUGGUGAUGGUAGGGAAGGGCGAAGUUUCAGAAGCGAUAACCCUUCCAUCCCCUUUAUCCAAUGAGGACACCCCGCCUCCGUUACCAAGUAAAAAGUCUUCCAAAAAGCGCUUUCAAAAACGUCUCAUCUUUGCUCCAGACGGCCAGCUCCCAAACUCCCUCCUUCACAAGGAAGUCCUCGAUUGGAAAUCCACUCACUCGACAUUUUCUCUUCCAGCUGCCGUGAUACCCCGCGCAGGGAAGCCAAAGACAUCUACUCCGCAGUCAACAGAUGAUACAAAGAAAAAGCGGAGCGAGGAAUACAAAAAGCGGUUAAAGGAGAUGUUGGACGCGUUGCCGAGGGAGGAGGAGGUUACAGGUGGACCGGAAGGUGGGGAAGAGGUUGUGGUAGAGGAAGCGGAAGAGGAGGAAGUGGAAGAAGCAGAGCGGGCUGCGAGGUUGCGAUUACCUCCUCAGAGAAUGCGGUUCGGGACCUUGGAACCGCGGGUGAAGGAAAUGGUGGAGGUGAAGUUACCCAUCGUGGUCGAAAAGCUAUUGGCGUAUGACUGGGUGCCUGUCGAUCAGCUAUUUUACCCGCCACAGGACCCAACAAACCCCCCUCCUCCGACCUCCCGCAAACUUAAAAUAGAUGCAGAUUCGCAUACACUUCUCCCUCUCGUCCUCGACAUCUUUCGUACAACAACCUCCUCGCAGACUCGGAUGGAAAUUGUGGAAUAUAUCAAUUGGAUGUAUGAAGAACAUGGUAUUAAGGACGCGACAGGCAUUGUAAAGGCGUUUUGUAGAGUACUUGGUACUGCUGAGGCAGAUGGAGAGCAGGAUGUACCGAUGCGCUGUGCGCUCAUUGAAUCCCUAGCCCGUUACGGCCCAAACCACGUUGACGUUGUCCCUAGUCUCCUCAUGCAGCUCGCUUCCCGUCACGAAACAGUUCGUAAUCGCGCGAUACAGUUUUUGAAGGCGUUGGGCGUACAUACACCUGAUAAUCCGUUUCUGGUUCACGCUGUCGAAGAGAUUUUGAGCGAGGUCGUGGCGACUACUAAGGUAACGCCGCAACCUGCUCAUCCGGGUCCGACGACAGCUUGGGACACCACGAGCGUCACACAAUCACAAGCACAACAAGAGACCUCACGUCCCCUGUCUGCAACAUAUCAGGAUCCUCGGAUACCUUUAACAAAUUUUAUUCGCAAAAACUUGAAAAAGUACCUCCUUCGCUCCACAUCCAAUAAAGAGGUUGCGCAGAAACUAAAGAAGCUUAACAUACAUGGUGUGGAGGACCGGACCCUGGAGGAGAGGGGCGAUGACGAGCGGCCGGGAAGUUCCAAGAGCAGACCAGGGACAGCGGGAUCUAGGACGCAUAGUAGACCUGAUAGUGGAGGGAUGGGCUCGCGGCCCGGGAGUGGGAAAGGUGCACGGCCUGGCAGUGGCGCUAAUGCGCGGCCUGGGAGUGGGUUAGGUGCACGGCCCGGCAGCGGGGUUAAUGCGCGACCUGGUAGUGGAGUUACUGCACGGCCCGGGAGCGGGGUUGAUGCCCGAUCUGAAACCGUGAUGAAGCCAGGACUGGGAAGGGAAACUUCUGGGGUAUCUAUUGGAGCAGGAAAGCAACCGGAUACCGAGAAAGCGGCGGAAGUGAGGCAGUCUAUCCCUGGACGAGGGAAAAAGCGCGUGGCGUUCGGUACUCCGCUGUCGUCAGCGGGGGCAUUCAAGUCGCCCAGUGCACAAGCCGAUAAAGGCUUGUUACAGCAAGAUGGAAGAAGGAUCUCAAUAGAGAUCCCUACUGCGCCCGACGCGGGGAUACUAAAACAUGAUGGGAUGAGGCAUUCAGUGGACAUACCGGAAUUGGAAUGGAUGGAGAUGGUUACCUAUCGGCCGUCUGUACCUCUGGGAGAGGGUGAUAUGGGAUCAAAUGAAGAGACUCCCUUUUACCAGGCCUUUGAAAUCGAUCGUCCACCAUCUUCUCGAAAUCCCGUCACAAUUCUUCAAAACCCUUGCGGUCAGGAUUUUAUCAAUGCCCUCAAUUUCUACAUCCUUUCCCGGGAACGGGCGGCAGCGAAAGCCGAACAAGAACGGCUUGAAAAGCUUCGACAAGAAUCGGAAGCAGCGGCGCGGAUGGCUGCAGAAGCCGAUAAGAAGCAGAAAUUCAUGGAAUACAUGGCCAAAAAGGAGCGGGAGCGGUUAGAGAGAUUGGAGGCACGGAAGAAACGAUUAGACGAGGCUAGGAGAAGGGAGGAAGCUAAGGCGCGCUUGCCCGCUUUGGUGCAGGGAAAGCUGAGUGCGAUGAGAACACAAGGGAUUGGAUUAACUCAUAAGAGUGAAUGUCAUCCGUCCAGGGAAACGCUGGAUUACGAGUAUCGUAAAUUCCCACCCAUCGCCGACGGGCAUACUCACGGCCCGCACCACACAGGGAUCUCAAUGCAUAUACAAAAGUACAAUCGGUCAAUGCCGAUGGAACGCGUGGAGAUUGUCCCAUUCGAUCCUUUCCUUCAACGAGAGACCACACCACUCAAACGUAAUUCCCCGAGGACAUUUUCUGCCGCCCGGCCGCCCACGUCCAUUCCACUUGGUUCAACCCUCGUCCCAUCCCAACUCGUUCCGCAAUGGCAAGAAUUCAAUAUUGAGAACUCUGAGGCUGUUAUCGAGAGGGAAUUAAGGGACUUUUUCCCAGAUGGUGAUCUAAAAUACAUUCGCGCGGGGCUGAAGAGUGCUGAAGCGGCAAGUGGCGGAAUGGUGCACGACGGUGGGGCGGACACCAAGUUUAGAACGCAGAGAAAGUACUUUAUCCCAGCGCUAUCGAUGGCGCUUGAGACCGUAGCCGCGGGGCAGACCUACGGGCUGGCCGAUUGA